AUGGUCUCCAGAGCCGAGGGCACGGGCGGGAGGGCGCGGAAAGGAGCUGUCGGCCUCUGCAAGGAAGGGGCGGGAGGGCGAUCGCCCCGGCCUGUGGUGGUAGGAACUGGCCCCCGCGGCUGCCCCGCUAACUCAUCUCGGGCCUCGGGGGUCCUGGGGCUCGAAGGCUCUCAGCUGCCCCAAGCCACCCGGGAUCCGCACAUCUUCGCCCGGCAGCUGCAGCGGCCCCGCCGCCAUUGGUUGGCGCUUYCCAGACGCGUCCGGAGGCGACUGGCCGUAGUAGCCAGCUGCCUAUUGGCUCGCAGUCCUGUCGCUCAAGUUCAGUUCCUACUUCCGCUCCAUUCCUCCCUUUCCUGUAAGGCGCGAGCGUGGCGAGGCGAGGUCUGCGGCCGCGAGAUCUCCGGUUUUCAUCGCGUAGACACCUCUGCUGUAAAGAUGGUCAAUGUACCUAAAACUCGAAGGACUUUCUGUAAAAAGUGUGGCAAGCACCAGCCUCACAAAGUGACCCAGUAUAAGAAGGGCAAGGAUUCCCUUUACGCCCAAGGAAAGAGGCGCUAUGAUCGGAAGCAGAGUGGAUAUGGUGGGCAGACAAAGCCAAUUUUCCGCAAGAAGGCUAAAACCACGAAGAAGAUUGUUCUAAGACUUGAAUGCGUUGAACCAAACUGCAGAUCCAAGAGGAUGCUGGCCAUCAAGAGAUGCAAGCAUUUNGGGGGGGGGAGGGAGUCGUAA